GCUGCCCGCGCGGGGCGGGGCUGGCGCUGGCGGGAGCUUGAGCGCAGCGCGCGAAAUCCUUCCUGCAGCGGCUGCGGGGAUGGUGCUGCGGGGCGGCGGUGGCGGUGGCGGUGGCGGUGACCGUGACCGUGACCGUGACCGUGACCCUGAAGGCACGCGGGACGAUGGCCCCGCGCUGUCCGCCCUCAAGCGCCUGGAGCGGUCGCAGCGCACGGACCGGCUGGACGCGCUGUUCGGCUUCGAGCGGCCCUCGGAGCCCUGCGAGCGGACGGGCUGGCUCAUCAACAUGCACCCGACCGAGGUGCUGGAUGAGGACCGGCGGGCGGUGAGCGCUGUGGACUAUUACUUCAUCCAGGAGGACGGCAGCCGCUUCAAGGUGGCCCUGCCCUACAGACCCUACUUCUAUGUGGCCACCCAGCAGGGCUGCGAGCGGGAGGUGUCCUCCUUCCUGGCCAAGAAGUUCCAAGGGAAGAUUGCGAAGCUGGAAACUGUCCCAAAGGAAGAUUUGGAUCUGCCCAACCACCUGGUGGGGCUGAAGCGGCACUACCUCAAGCUGUCCUUCAGCACGGUGGACGAGUUGGUGAAGGUGCGCAAGGAGAUCUCCCCAGCCGUCAGGAAGAACAGGGAGCGCAACCAGGCCAGCGACGUCUACACAUCCAUGCUGUCAAGUGCUCUGGCUGGAGGCAGCCUGACCACAGCGGAGGAAGGAGCCUCCAAAAAGGUCACCAACCAAAUGGACAACAUCGUGGACAUGCGGGAGUACGAUGUGCCCUACCAUGUGCGGCUCUCCAUCGACCUGAAGAUCCACGUGGCUCACUGGUACAACGUGCGGUACCGCGGCAGCACCUUCCCCCCUGAGAUCACCCCCCGGGAUGACCUGGUGGAGCGGCCGGAUCCCGUUGUCCUCGCCUUUGACAUCGAAACCACCAAACUCCCCUUGAAGUUUCCUGAUGCGGAGACGGACCAGAUCAUGAUGAUCUCCUACAUGAUUGAUGGGCAGGGCUACCUGAUCACAAACAGGGAGAUCGUCUCUGAGGAUAUCGAAGACUUUGAGUUCACUCCCAAGCCAGAGUAUGAGGGUCCCUUUUGUGUCUUUAACGAACCAGAUGAAGCUCAUUUAAUCCAGAGGUGGUUUGAACACGUCCAGGAGACCAAACCUACCAUCAUUGUCACAUACAAUGGAGACUUCUUUGACUGGCCCUUUGUGGAAGCAAGAGCAGCAGCUCAUGGAAUUAACAUGUACCAGGAAAUCGGAUUUCAGAAGGACAGCCAGGGAGAGUACAAAGCAUCGCAGUGCAUCCACAUGGACUGUCUGAGGUGGGUGAAGAGAGACAGCUACCUCCCAGUGGGAAGUCACAACCUGAAGGCAGCAGCUAAAGCAAAACUGGGCUACGACCCAGUGGAGCUGGACCCUGAAGAGAUGUGCCGGAUGGCUACAGAGGAGCCUCAGACCCUGGCCACCUAUUCAGUGUCCGAUGCCGUUGCCACCUAUUACAUGUAUAUGAAGUAUGUGCAUCCUUUCAUUUUUGCCUUGUGCACCAUCAUCCCCAUGGAGCCCGAUGAGGUGUUACGAAAAGGCUCUGGGACGCUGUGCGAGGCGCUGCUGAUGGUUCAAGCCUAUCACGCCAACAUCAUCUUCCCCAACAAGCAGGAGCAGGAAUUCAACAAGCUCACGGAGGAUGGCCACGUGCUGGACUCAGAGACAUACGUUGGAGGCCACGUGGAAGCGCUGGAGUCAGGGGUGUUCCGUAGUGACAUCCCCUGCCGCUUCAAAAUGAACCCUGCUGCCUUUGACUACUUGAUACAGCACGUGGAGAAGACGCUCCAGCACGCUAUUGAGGAGGAGGAGCAUUUGCCAUUGGAUCAAGUCACCAACUUCCAGGAGGUCUGUGAUGAAAUCAAAGUGAAACUGAAUUCCCUGAAGGACGUUCCUAACCGAAUUGAGUGUCCCCUUAUCUACCAUUUAGAUGUGGGGGCCAUGUACCCCAACAUCAUUCUGACCAACAGGUUGCAGCCCUCAGCAAUGGUGGAUGAGGCCACAUGUGCUGCCUGUGACUUCAACAAGCCAGGGGCCAACUGCCAGCGCCGGAUGACUUGGCAAUGGAGAGGAGAAUUCAUGCCCGCGAGCCGCAGUGAAUACCACCGCAUCCAGCAGCAGUUGGAGUCGGAGAAGUUCCCUCCGCUCUUCCCUGAUGGAGCACCCCGUGCCUUCCACGAGCUCUCCCGAGAAGAACAAGCCAAGUAUGAGAAGAAGCGGCUGGCAGAUUACUGCCGCAAAGCCUACAAGAAGAUCCAUGUCACCAAGGUGGAGGAGCGGGUCACCACCAUCUGCCAACGAGAGAACUCCUUCUACGUGGACACAGUGCGAGCUUUCAGGGACCGCCGCUAUGAGUUCAAGGGGCUGCACAAGGUGUGGAAGAAGAAGCUGUCUGCAGCCAUGGAGACAGGAGAUGCCUCUGAAGUGAAACGCUGCAAGAACAUGGAGAUCCUCUACGACUCCCUGCAGUUGGCACACAAGUGCAUUCUCAAUUCUUUCUAUGGCUAUGUCAUGCGGAAAGGAGCUCGCUGGUACUCCAUGGAAAUGGCCGGGAUCGUCUGCUUCACCGGAGCCAAUAUCAUCACGCAGGCCAGGGAACUGAUAGAGCAGAUUGGGAGACCUCUGGAACUGGAUACAGAUGGGAUUUGGUGCGUCCUCCCCAACAGCUUCCCAGAAAACUUUGUCAUCAAGUCAACCAAUGCCAAGAAGCCGAAGGUGACAAUCUCCUACCCGGGUGCUAUGCUGAACAUCCUGGUGAAGGAAGGCUUCACAAACGAUCAGUACCAGGAGCUGCAGGACCCAGCCUCUCUCACCUACGUCACACGCUCAGAGAACAGCAUCUUCUUUGAAGUGGAUGGGCCAUACCUGGCCAUGAUCCUCCCAGCUUCCAAGGAGGAGGGAAAGAAGCUGAAGAAAAGGUAUGCAGUAUUCAACGAGGACGGGUCCCUGGCUGAGCUGAAGGGCUUUGAGGUGAAGCGCCGGGGCGAGCUGCAGCUGGUGAAGAUAUUCCAGUCUUCUGUAUUCGAGGCCUUCCUGAAAGGCACCACCCUGGAGGAGGUCUAUGCUUCUGUGGCCAAGGUGGCUGACUACUGGCUGGAUGUGCUCUACAGCAAGGCUGCCAACAUGCCCGAUUCGGAGCUGUUUGAGCUCAUCUCGGAGAACCGCUCCAUGUCUCGCAAGCUGGAGGACUACGGGGAGCAGAAAUCCACCUCCAUCAGCACUGCCAAGCGCCUGGCGGAGUUCCUGGGGGACCAGAUGGUGAAGGACGCGGGGCUGAGCUGCCGCUUCAUCAUCUCUAAGAAACCCGAGGGCUCUCCUGUCACUGAGAGGGCCAUCCCCCUUGCCAUCUUCCAAGCAGAGCCCAGCGUACGGAAGCAUUACCUCCGGAAAUGGCUGAAGAGCCCCUCGCUGCAGGACUUCAACAUUCGGGCGAUCCUGGACUGGGACUACUACAUUGAGAGACUGGGAAGCACCAUCCAGAAAAUCAUCACUAUUCCUGCAGCUCUGCAGCAGGUAAAGAACCCGGUGCCACGGGUCCGGCACCCAGACUGGCUGCACAAGAAACUCCUGGAGAAGAAUGAUGUGUACAAACAGAAAAAGAUCAACGAGCUCUUCACUUCUGAAGGCAAGAGGCAGGUCCUCGCCAACCAGCCCCAGGAGGGCACACCCAGCUCGCAGAUUGGUGACAUAGAGGAUUUUGGGGCUGCCAAGAGCCUUCAGCCAUCCGUUCCCAUUGCGAACAAACGAAAGCGAGUCUCUACGGCAGAGGAAAGCCAGCAGAUGUCCCAGAGCCUGGAGCUGUCCCAGUCCUGGCGGGAGAUCCUGGGCCCUCCUCCCUCCAUGGGUACCACCAAGGAGGAGCUCGUGGCCUGGCUGCGCUUCCACCAGAAGAAAUGGGAGCUGCAGGCCCGGCAGCGGCGCGAGCGGCAGAAGAGGCGGCGCCUGGAGGACGGUGGGACGGCGGCGGGCGGUGGGGUGGUCCGCGAUGCCCUCUCCAGGGGGCUGGGCAGCUACCUGCGCCGCACCGCCCGCAGCAUCCUGGACCUGCCCUGGCAGAUCGUGCAGAUUGCGGAGACCAGCCAGCCCGGCCUGUUCAGGCUGUGGGCGGUGAUCGGGAGCGACCUGCACUGCAUCAAGCUGAGCAUCCCCAGGGUGUUCUACGUCAACCAGCGCGUCGCGAAGCCGGAGGAGGGAGCAGUCUACAGGAAGGUGAACAGGAUCCUGCCCCGAUCGAACCUGGUGUACAACCUGUACGAGUACUCAGUCCCUGAGGACAUGUACCAAGAGCAUAUCAACGAGAUCAACGCUGACCUCUCUGCUCCAGACAUCGAGGGAGUGUAUGAGACUCAGGUACCGCUGCUGCUGCGGGCUCUGAUCCAGCUGGGCUGUGUCUGCAUGGUCAGCAGGCAGCUCGCCCGGCACCUGACGGGCCGCGAGGCCGACACCUUCGACAUCGAGCACCUGGAGAUGCGCUCGCUGGCCCAGUUCCCCUACCUGGAGCCAGGGAGCAUCCGCCACAUCUACCUCUACCACAGCUCCCAGGGCAGCAAGGCCCUCUUCGGCCUGUUCAUCCCCGCGCAGCGCAAGGCCGCCGUCUUCGUGCUGGACACGGUGCGCAGCAACCAGAUGCCGAACCUCACCACCAUGUUCUCGGCGGAGCGCGGCGCGCUGCUGGAAAGGGUGGGCGAGGAGCUGCUGCCUCCAGACAAGCACACCUUCGAAGUGCGUGCCGAGACCGACCCCAAGGCCAUCUGCAGAGCCAUCCAACGCCUGCUGCUGGGUUACAAGGACGAGCGCCGGGGUCCCACGUUGAUCGCUGUGCAGUCCAACUGGGAGCUGAAGCGGCUGGCGAGCAGCAUUCCCAUCCUCGAGGAGUUCCCCCUGGUCCCCAUCCGGGUGACAGAUGACAUCAGCUACUCAGUCCUGGACUGGCAGCGCCACGCAGCCCGACGCAUGAUCCGCCAUUACCUCAACCUGGACACGUGCCUGUCACAAGCCUUUGAGAUGAGCAGGUAUUACCACAUUCCCAUCGGGAAUCUCCCCGAUGACAUCUCCACCUUUGGCUCUGACCUCUUCUUCUCACGCCACCUCCGGCGUCACAACCAUUUGCUGUGGCUCUCGCCCACGGCCCGCCCAGACCUGGGGGGGAAGGAGGCUGAUGACAACCGCCUCGUCAUGGAGUUCGAUGAGAGAGCCUCGGUGGAGAUAAACAACCCCGGCUGCUACUCCACGGUGUGUCUGGAGCUGGACAUCCAGAGCCUGGCUGUGAACACAGUGCUGCAGUCCCAUCAGGUAAAUGAUAUGGAGGGAGGUUCCAGCAUGAGCAUCAGCUUUGACGUCAUUCAGCAGGCAUCCCUGGAAGACAUGGUGACGGGGAACCAAGCUGCCAACAUCCCAGCCAGCUAUGAUGAAACUGCCCUCUGCUCCAACACAUUCAGGAUUCUGAAGAGCAUGGUGGUGAGCUGGGUGAAGGAGAUCACGCAGUACCACAACAUCUACGCGGACAACCAGGUCAUUCACUUCUACCGCUGGCUUCGCUCUCCUUCCUCGCUGCUCUACGACCCGGCGCUGCACCGCACCUUGCACAACAUGAUGAAGAAGCUCUUCCUGCAGUUGGUGGCUGAGUUCAGGCGCCUCGGCUCUUCCGUGGUGUACGCCAACUUCAACCGGAUCAUCCUGUGCACCAAGAAGCGGCGUAUCGAGGAUGCCAUCAGCUACAUGGAGUACAUCAUCAACAGCAUCCACUCAAAGGAGAUCUUCCACUCUCUGACUAUUUCCUUCUCCCGCUGCUGGGAGUUCCUGCUCUGGAUGGAUCCAGCCAAUUACGGGGGUAUCAAGGGAAAAGUGCAUUCUCGCAUCCACUGCGGGGAGAAGGAUACCAGCAAGAGGAAAGGGCUGGAGGAGGGAGACAGUGAGGAAGAGGAGGAGGCAGGGGAAGAAGAAGAGGAGGAGGAGGAGGAAGGGGAGCCCAACGUGGAGGAGCUGCUGGAGAACAGCUGGAACAUCGUGCAGUUCCUGCCUCAGGCUGCCUCCUGCCAGAACUACUUCCUGAUGAUCGUGUCGGCCUACAUCGUGGCCGUGUACCACAGCAUGAAGGAGGAGCUGCGGCGCAACGCCCCCGGCAGCACUCCCGUCAAGAGGAGAGGAACCAGCCAGGUGUCCCAGGAGGCACAGGGCGAGACGGGAGCCAUGCCCGGCAUGAUCACGUUCUCACAGGAUUACGUGGCCAACGAGCUCACUCAGAGCUUCUUCACCAUCACGCAGAAGAUCCAGAAGAAGAUGUCUGGGUCCCGACACGCCACGGAGCCGUCGGACUUGUUCCCGGUGCUGCCCGGCUCCUAUUUGCCACUCAACAACCCGGCUCUGGAGUUCAUCAAAUACGUUUGCCAGGUGCUGUCCCUGGAUGCCAACAUCACCAACCAGGUGAACAAGCUGCGCAGGGACCUGCUGCGCCUCAUCGAGGUGGGCGAGUUCUCAGACGAAGCCCAGUUUCGGGACCCUUGCCGCUCCUACGUGCUCCCUGAAGUCAUCUGCAGAAACUGCAACUUCUGCAGGGACCUGGACCUGUGCAAGGACCCUGCCCUCUCCCAGGACGGAUCGGUGCUGCCCAGCUGGGCGUGCUCCAACUGCCAGGCGCAGUACGACUCCGACUCCAUAGAAAUGGCCUUGGUGGAAGCCCUGCAGAAGAAGCUGAUGGCCUUCAUGCUGCAGGACCUGGUGUGCAAGAAGUGCCACGGCGUGAAGGACACGCACAUGCCUGUGUACUGCAGCUGUGCUGGAGACUUUGCCCUCACCAUCUCCUCCCAGACCUUCAUGGAGCACAUCACCGUCUUCCAGAACAUCGCCCGGCACUACGGCAUGGCCCAUCUGCUGGAAACCAUCGAGUGGCUGCUGCGCACCAGCCCCCAGCUCCAGCAGUGAGACAGCGCUUGUAUCAUUCAUCUGGGGUUGGUGAGGGACCGCUGGGUGCUGCACCAAAAGGUGAGGGGCUGUGCUUCCUGCAGCCAGCCCAGCACGGGGCCACGGCGUGUGGGAGCUGUGCUCCAUAGGCACCGUGUGCCCGGGGCAGGCGUUCGUGCUGGAGGCGUGAUCCAGUGUGCUGGCCCGGUGUGUUUUUAAUGUAGAAUCUGUGUAAAUAAAUGCUUUGUUUAAA